AUGGCUCCAAGUCCUACCAGUGUUGAAGCGGAUUCCCUCAUUCGAGCUCUGGAAGAAGAGGAGCAGUAUGGCGUUGCCCCUGAAGCGCCUAACAUUCCCACGGAGAUUGUGCCCCGCCAGCGACACCAUGAUGACGAUACUUGUGUUUCUUCUGUCACAGAUGGUCUAAUCGACGCCGAUCUCUUUAUGGGACGCAUGUAUCCGACUCUGAAUCUCGUCCCGGAAGAAGAGGAAUCGCAGCAAGACGAGGAAUCACCACCUGUACAAAAACUGGCAGAUGCCAAAGAUCAAGCGCCCAUCAUCAAAGAGCAGCAACUGCUACUACUCGAUAAGGCCAUCCUUCCUGUGCCCAAAGUGGCAGAAGAUGUCAUCCAAGAGCAAGCGCUCCAAAUCCAUGAACAAGCACGCCAACUUAAAGAGCAGCAAAAGCUCCUCAACAAUAUCCUGAACGAUAAGGUCGCUGGUGCCCAACCAAAUACCGCUGUCGUAGCCCCUGAAGCGGUCACGUGGAACAAUGGAAAUGUCAAAGAGCAAGCGCUGCAAGACAAAGAGCAGCAAGUGCUCUUCAACGAUAUGGCCACCCUUGCAAAUGGAUCUGCCUCUGCCGUGGCCCCUGGAGCUGUCGCCGUCAAUGGAAAUGGUGUGCCAAACUACGAAACGGAAAAGAUAAUGAAGGAUGACGAGCGCAAGGCUCCAAAAGAAGAAGAAGCAGACGAGCUUACCGGUUCUUCAACGUCCAUGUCCAGGUCUUCCCCCAGCAGCGAUGGUGACCCCGCAGAAGGGAGUCCAGCACCCGACUCCCCCCACCAGGCGUUUCUAGAUGAAGCGGCUGAAGAAGUCCAGUCGAUACCUCCGUUAACAUUGAAUGGGGCAAACCUCGACUCACGUCCAGGCGCGUAUAUGGCAGCAGCCGGAGGCAAUUUGCGACGUACCGAUGCUCUCGAUUAUGACCUGCUUGGUGGGACCACAGUGUCACACCCAGGCAAUCCGGUGUUUCCCUGGAAGGUUUAG